AUGCCAGUUGACGAUAUCGCGGAGUCGCUUUCGAGCCUUAGCCUACAGGGAAACGCGACCGUCCGUUCCGCCCGUGGCGAAAUUUACACUGUAGAUACUGCAACUGGCGACACUUUCAUCAAGGGAACGCAACGCAAAGAUGGCAGUUAUCGUUGCGACAUAAAGGUUCGUCCUGGGUACGUCCCUCAGGACGAGCAAGGCACAUAUGUGCCGCGAUUCCGCCGGUCUCCACAGACAGCUACAGCUGCCUGUAUCGAAGCAGACAAAGAGAACAAGCCUGCCGACUCGCAAGCGGCAGAAGCCAAGAGCGCUUCUUGGCGCCCGGUGUCUAAGGGCACCGAUGGUAAGGAGAAAAAUGAUAUCGCAACGGCCCGCCCGGGUUCCCUUCCCAAAACAAACGAAGCUGUGACUCAGCGUCGCACCAGCAAUGCUGCUUCGCAAUCGUGGCGGGUGGAGGAUUCUAUGCCUUCCAGGUCGGCAAAUGCCUCCGGCGCGGUAGCUGCCGAUGAGACUGCCAUAAGCAAACACCGCAAAAAACACGAGGUCGCCGAGGCUGGUAGCGAGCAAGCUGGACAACCAGUGAAGUUUGGCCGAACGAUGACGGCUCCGAGUAAGAGCUUCCGCGACGUGAAAAGCGUUAUAAAGCUGAACGCCUACCUGAACAAGAAGGUGUACGUAAAAUUCAGUGGCGGGCGCGAAGUUCAAGGGGUAUUGAAGGGUCAUGACGCGAUGUCGAAUCUCGUUCUGGACGAUACCGAAGAGUUUUUGCGCGAUCCCGAGGAUCCUGACAGAGUGACCGAGAAAACCCGUCAGUUGGGUCUUUUGGUUGCCCGCGGCACAUCGGUAACGGUUAUUCAUCCUGUGGAAGGAGCGGAGAAGAUUGCGAAUCCGUUUGCUGGUCGCAUGUCUUAG